CACGAAUCGCGGCAGUGUAGUGCUCGCAUUCAUCUCUCAGUCCUGCUCGGAUAAUGGGUGUUCUCCUCUUUUAGUGCAACUUUGAACUUCUAUUGGACUUUUUUUUCAACAAUGUUCUCCAAGGAAGAAGUGGUGGAGGUUCCGGCGUGUCGAGAAAGUUAAUGUCCAGUGACUGCUUGUGAAUGAUGGAGACCACCACGAGCGAGCAGUCCAUGACGGGGCACACUAUGAUCCCCACUAUCCCGUCCAUCAUGUUCAUUUUCGGGGUGGUGGGGAACGUCAUCGCAAUCGUGGUGCUGUGUAAGUCCCGCAAAGAGCAGAAGGAGACCACGUUCUACACGCUGGUUUGCGGGCUGGCUGUCACCGACCUCCUCGGCACCCUGCUGGCCAGCCCGGUCACCAUCGCCACCUACGUGAAGGGGUCCUGGCCGGGAGGGGAGCCACUGUGCCAGUACUUUGGCUUCACCAUGAUCUUCUUCUCCUUGGCUGGCCUCAGCAUCAUCUGCGCCAUGUCCGUGGAGAGGUACAUGGCUAUCAACCAUGCCUACUUUUACAAUGACUAUGUGGACCAGAAGCUGGCCGGGCUGACCCUCCUGGCUAUCUACGUGUCCAAUGCCUUCUUCUGCGCCCUGCCCAUGGCAGGUUUCGGUAGAGUCCAGAAGCAGUACCCGCAGACGUGGUGCUUCUUGGAGUGGCGGAGCAACAAGACGAGCGACGCGGCGUUUAACUUCAUGUACGCAGGCUUCAGCUCCGUGCUCAUCCUGGCCACGGUGCUGUGUAACGUGCUGGUGUGCGGGGCUCUCAUACGCAUGCACCGGCGAUACGUGCGCAGGACGUCGCUGGGGACUGACCUCGGACGCGACGUGGAUCCGCGCAGAAGGGGGCGCAGUUUCGGCCGUCUUGCCGGAGCAGAGAUCCAGAUGGUCAUCCUGCUCAUAGGCACCUCGGCGGUGGUGCUUAUCUGCUCCAUCCCACUGGUUGCUCAAGUGUUUUUGAAUCAGCUCUACAAGCCUCCAGUAGAGCGGCGCUUGGACAAGAACCCCGACCUGACGGCCAUUCGCUUUGCCUCCUUUAACCCCAUCCUCGACCCCUGGAUCUACAUCCUGCUGCGGAAGGCCAUCCUCCUCCAACUGGUGGAGAACAUCAAGUGUCUUUUCUGCAAGAUGGGCGCCAGGAGCAGGCAGCAUACCGACGGAAGCUUACGCUGCAAGGACACCGCUCCUCCGUGCUCAUCCAAGCAGGACUCGAACUCACUGGAAGUUCAGGAUAUCACUUGCCAGACUUUCUUGCAUCUCCCACAGGUAAAGGAGGCGCACAUUGGUCGGGGCUAUCACAAAGAAGAGAAGCUGUCCUGGUCUUCAACAUGGAGACACUUGCAGGUGACUAAGACUUGUGAGCAGAGCAGGGAGGGGACCGAUGUGUUUAAGGACUCCCCAGUGAAGGACCCAGCAUUACAGGUGUCACUCAGCACUGAGACGGUUCAGGAGAAAUGCAUCUGACUUAACCCUCCCCACAGGGCGAGUUCAAAACAGGAACUGUCAAUCAGUCAAGAAAAACAUUGCAAACAAUGAACACUUUAGCAGCUGUAGCCGCACAGCAAGAAGGCCCAGGAUGUUGAAUUUCCAAGUAUUUCAAUGAAUGUCCCAUUAAGGUUUAUGUAACGGAUGCCAGCCGGUGCGGCUGCGCACCAAGUGAACGUUGGUAAAACCUCACAACCUUGGCAUUAGUCCAAACUUUUGCCCCAACGGUCAGUGCUUUCAUCUCCCAUUCCGAAUUUCCUGUGUUUGAGCCCCAGCACACGUUACAUUUAAACCAACUUAAACAGGUCAUUUCCCGGUUCACAGAACUGCACCAUUUCUGAUUUCGAUCCUUCAUGAGUCGAACGGCAAAAAGACAAAACAAAAGUGAGCCUAGUUUGUUUUUUUUGUGUGUGCACUUUAUUAUAUUACCUUGCACACCACUUCCUGGUUUAUGGUACGUGCCAUAUGAUUGUCGCAGGGGUCAUAACAUUACCGAGUUGUUGCACUGGUAACGUUUCCUUCAUAAGUCACACAACAAAAAGAGUAUAAAUUCCUCUAACAGCUGAAUGUGCUUUUCCAGUAUACCUACAGGUAGGUGAUGAAGGGACUGUACCAUUUUUCAGUAUAUAGGGAGGAAGGAAUCAUUCCAAAAUAAAUAAAAUAAAUUAGUAAAUAACAUAAAUACUUUUGGCACACAAUAUAUAUAUAUAUAAGUAUGUGUAAAAGUGUUUGUUUAUUAGUACUUCCUGGUUUAAAGAGGAUAACGAAAGUACAUUUGCAUUUUUUUCGUCAGGGGCUGUAUGUUAGCUAGCAGGCUACUUUCUGAAGUAUAUCUUAACAUACUCCAUCCUAACUCAAAAAGGGAAAAGGUUCAUUGGUCUCCCUAUUUGCUAAUUAGAAAGCUACUUCCUGGUUUAAAGAGGAUAAUGAAAGUACAUUAGCAUUUUUUUAGUCAGGGGCUGUAUGUUAGCUAGCAGGCUACUUUCUGAAGUACCUUAAGAUACUCCAUCAUAACUCAAAAAGGGAAAAGGUGAUUUGCCAAAUUUGUGUUUAUUAGUCUCCCUAUUUGCUAAUUAGCAGGCUAUUUCCUGGUUCCGACGUUAGCAUUAUAAGGACGGAACGCUAACGUUUGAAUUCAGGCUGGAGAGGAAAGCUCCCUUGUUUCAGGAACUAGAGUCAACUUUCGUUUGUUUGCUAAUUAGUUGUUUAGCAAGCUACUUCUUUGUUUAUUUGUAUUAAGGAGCUGUUAGCAGCUAAAACUGUUCAGUGGAUACUUAGUAAAGCUUCUCUGUUCAAAUUUUCACUAAAAGGUUAUCAUUCCCUCUGUUAAGUUUAGUUUACAUCAAAUACAGGAGAACCUUGGCUAGUAUCAUUAUUUUUUUUCCAGAAUAUUCAACUCUAACCAAAACGUAUGCUAACUGAAUAGAUUGUUCCCAUAAGAAAUAAUAUAAUGGAAAUCAAAUUAAUACGUUCCAGAAAGCCAAAACACAUUUUCACAUUUUGUUGUUUUACUGCGGUAAACAGUUCCAAAUAAAUAUAAAUGAUGAAUGAAAGGUAUAAAUGAACAUUGAAAGUUAUUUUUACCUGUAUUGAAGACAUCAUUCUUGAUGUGAGUGUUCCCAAAGACGCCAUGUGGCAGCGAGACACCCCGUUCCUGUUUUGCCAAAAGUUAUUUCUUGAGUUAAUUGGAGUUUUUCACCUCUAUAACCCAAAAUGGAGCCAAUAUUUCAAAACACUAUUAAACCGAAUUGAAUUCAUGACAAAACAAAAGAUGGUGUCCGUGUUGUCUCUCGCUACCACCUUGUGUCUUUGGGAACACUCACAGAGUGAGUCACAUCUUCAAUGAAGGUAAAAGUAACCUUAAAUAUUAAAUUAUCCCUUUCAUUCGUCAUUUAUGGGUAAUUAGAAUUGGUUUGUACAGGCUACAUAGCUGACCUUUGGUUCUGGUUGCCAUGUUAGCAAGCUAGCUUCUUUGUUAAAUGACAUUAAGAACACAAUAACGCUAACCGGAACAUGUAUGUAAACAGAGGCCAAACUUUUGCCAUAGAUUUCCGUUGUUAACUUAAAAAACAAGCAACCUGGUGCAGAUGCUAACUGUGGUUCCACUGUACUUUGCCUUAAAGCUUGACGGACAUAUACGGACGAUUGUGAAAUUAGGCUUUGUGACCCUGAACUACCUCACACAUCUCCAACAAUAAGAGCUGGGUUUAUUAUCGUGUUUAAAAUACUGAAGUUAUUCCAACAUCAAUGACCCAUUUCUUUGUGACUCAAGUGUCCGUGACGGGAAAAGACAUCUUUGACUAUUUUGGGCCACCUUGUGACAAUCAAAUUUGGGUAGCUUUCCAGUUGAAGUAGAUGAGUUAAGACGUCAGGAAUAAUAUUUUUUGGGACAAGCUGAUUCAUGAGCUUGUGGUCAGUAGAAGUAGCAGUGAAUGUGAUACUGCUGUGAGCUGUCUUUGUUUUGGACUCUAUUGGACAGCACUUUUUUUUCUUUCUUUUUUUUUGGAAGGACGUGUUAUUUCAGCUCCAUGACUAAUGUGCAGUAGUUCCUUUUUGUGCUGGAGUAGACACAAAAUUUCAUCUCAAAUAUCUGAAGAAGGUACAAAAGAUUCCUACAUGUGACACCUAAUUAGUGACUGUUUUCAAAUGUUUUCCACAUGUGGUCUGUGCAGUAUGUGCUUCGCGUGGACGUUUUUCCUGUGUUUUAUCACUCAUUUCAGUUUGUGAUGGAGAAAGGUGAAAAAUGUAGUUUCAUGGAAUUAUUCUUCUCUGUGAGAAGGUUGUAGCACCACCAGUCACAACUCUAAAGGCAAUAACCCGCCUGAACUAACAAUUAGGAUGUUCUCAUGCUCAUUCCCUGCAUUACUAGUAGUGAUGUGUGAUAACACUGAUUUUGUUUCCAAUCCGAUUAUCGGCGAUUCCGAUCCGAUGCAGAUACUUUGUGCAUAUUCACCUGUCGGGUAAUUUUUUUCAUAGCAUAAAUCUUUUAUUAAUGAAAUAAUUUUUUGGGUUAAUUUCAAUAACGUCGGCCGAGUGGUCAGCACGCAGGCCUCACAGCUAGGAGACCCGAGUUCAAUUCCACCCUGGGCCAUCUCUGUGUGGAGUUUGCAUCUUCUCCCCAUGCAUGCGUGGGUUUUCUCCGGGUACUCCGGUUUCCUCCCACAUUCCAAAAACAUGCUAAGUUAAUUGGCGACUCCAAAUUGUUACAAUUUUUCAUUAUCUGGUAUCGGAAGCAUUGAUAGUUCAGUAUCGAUCUGCACAUCACUAAUUCCUACAUCAUGGAAGAACUGGGAAAAGUCAAAUGUAUAUGAAUGUAUUAUUUAUACUUUAUGCCGACUGCUGAUGGUUAUCUUUCAUUUUUGGAAUUGAUUACCUGUCUUGCACAGCGCCACCUUGCUUGUUUUUAUUCUAAUACAACGAUGAUGUAUAGCAGACAAAAAACGUAUAUAUAAAAAUAAUAGUGGCUCAUUUUGUGGUGUUAUUAUUGGAUAUUAUAUAGAUUUUAUUACAAUUAUUACACAGUUAUUCACAUUUUGAGUUCAAGUUUUAUUUUUUUCAAGCUGGAAAUGACUGUAAAAAAUGAAUGACAAAUAUUAGCCAUUUCCAGAUCCUGGUAACUUCUAGCGAAUAGUAAAUAUGCAUCUCUUGAGAAAUAGUAUAGAUUUAUUUUUUGGUCAAAAUGUAAAAAAUAGUCAAUAUUUUUUUGUAAUAUCCAUUUUACACUUACAACUUUUUGCCACUUUUGUGUCAUUUCCAGAUACAGAUACAGAUUCGACACAUUCAGAUUAUGACACAGUGAAGGACUGUCUUUCAGAAUACUUGAGUGGAAGUAAGAAAAAUGUAAAAGUGUUCAAAAAACACACACAAUUAUUGUCAUAUGGGGACCAUUUCAACUCCUGUCUGUGCAUAUAUUAUUAAUCCCACCUGUCACAUUUGUACAAUAUAUGAUAUUUAAUUUGAUGUAUUAUUAAAUAUGUUUUUCAAUUA